CUCCCCAGCCUGAUAAAGUCCAGGGCGGGCCAGCACCUCUCACCCGAGCAGCUGUGCUGGGCAGCAGGCAGUGAGGAUCCAGAAGUCCCCACCAUGAGGCUCGCGCUGUCGCUCCCGGUCCUGGUCCUGGUGCUGUCAAUGGUUCUGGAAGGCCCAGCCCCAGCCCAGGCGGCCCCUGACAUCUUGGAGAUGCUGAAGGAGUUUGGCAACACCUUGGAGAACAAGGCCCGGGAAGCCAUUGAGCACAUCAAGCAGAAGGACAUUGCUACCAAGACCGGGGCUUGGUUUAAGGAGACAUUCCAGAAAAUGAAGGAGAAAUUCAACUGAAUCCUGAAUACCUGGAGGGCCACAGCCGGGAAGGGGCUCUGAAGCCCCCCACACCCCAGCACCUGUCCAAGACUCCCUCCAGGAUACCCCAGGUCCCUGCCACCCACCCCCAACCCACCACCAAUAAAAGUCCCAUAGACAAUUC